AGGAGUUCCAUUUCUAAAGUCCCACCAAAAUAGCUACAUAAAUGACAAUUUUCAUUAUUUAUUUGACUAUCUAAACUUUGAUCGGAGAGUUAUUCCGAUGCUGACUUAAACACAAAAAAGAAACCCCACCAAGAUCUCACCUUGUCCAUUCUAUUGCUUUGCAUUAAGUAGUUGCACAAGAGAGAUAAACAAGAAGAAGUUUCCAUUGAAGCAAAAAUGCUACUACCUAUCGCAACCGUUUUCUUCCAUUGUUAUUCACAUGCUAUAAGUACUUCUUUUUCACAUAUGGGUCGAUUAAAUUCUCCAUUUCGUGAAAAAUUACUACAAAAAACACUUUUUUCUAGACACCCUUUUGAAUUCUUGAAGUAGAUUUGAACAGUACCUCUGUUAAAUCAUCAACCCCAUUCUUUGAUUUUGAACUGUGUUGUGUUAUUGGGUGAAAGAUUCGAGGUUAUUGAGUAAAUCCCUUUCUCGUUUUUUUUGAGGUUCUUUAAUGGCGGGGAAGAAGGUGAGCGAUACCCUUGUUAAGGAAUUGACGGAAGAGGUGAAGAAAUGGGGGUACAUGAAGCAAACUGGUGUUAGUUUAAGGCAGAUGAUGAAUUUUGGGAGUCACUUUUCUUCGAAAAAUUUGUUGAUUUCUGCUCAAUUUCUUCAUAAGGAGUUGCCUAUUCGGAUUGCUCGUAGAGCUCUUGAGCUUGAAGAUCUUCCUUAUGGGUUGUCUUCAAAGCUUGGUGUUGUAAAGGUCCGUGAGUUGUAUUUAGAUUCUUUUCAUGAACUUCGAUCCUAUCCAGAAAUAAAGGAUAAAAAUGGUGAGUUGAAAUUUACACAAAUGGUUAAGAUGAUUAAGGUCAAACACAAUAAUGUCGUUCCUAUGAUGGCUUUGGGAGUCAAACAACUCAAGAAAGAGCGGCCUCAAUUCGAUCAUGAGGAUUUGCGAGGAAUACACCAAUUUCUUGAUCGAUUUUACAUGUCUAGGAUUGGGAUCCGCAUGCUUAUCGGACAACACGUGGCCUUACAUGAUCCUAAUCCACUCCCCAAUCGUGUGGGCUAUAUACAUACAAAAAUGUCUCCCCUGGAGGUUGCACGCGAUGCCAGUGAGGAUGCCCGGGGAAUUUGCUUACGUGAAUAUGGCAGCGCACCUGAAGUUAAAAUUUACGGAGAUCCUGAUUUUACAUUCCCUUAUGUUCCAACGCAUCUACAUAUGAUGGUCUUUGAGUUGGUAAAGAACUCUGUCCGUGCUGUACAAGAGCGAUUUAUGGAUUCCGACAAUGUUGCCCCUCCUAUUCGUAUAAUAGUUGCUGGUGGUUUAGAGGAUGUCACCAUUAAGAUUUGUGAUGAAGGAGGUGGAAUACCAAGAAGUGGCCUUCCCAAACUUUUUACUUAUCUCUACAGUACAACUAAGAAUCCGCUGGACGAGGACUUUACAACAACUGAUGUGACUGUUCCAUGCACGAUGGCUGGUUAUGGACAUGGAAUUCCAUUAACUCGUUUGUAUGCUCGCUACUUUGGAGGGGAUUUGCAGAUUAUCUCGAUGGAAGGCUAUGGUACAGAUGCUUACCUUCAUUUAUCGCGAUUGGGAGAUAAAGAGGAGCCCUUGCCUUGAUGUAUGACAUUGGUAGCUCAAUCUGAUUCUAACUACUUGGUACUUACAAGGGGAGAACUUUGAAUACUCAUUGUAGGAAAAAGUAAAUGAUGCAAUUAGCAAAGCCUCUUUGUUCUAUUAGGCUUGAUACAUACAUAAAAACAAAUGCUCACUUGCAAUUUGGCAAGUUAUGAUAGUUGUAAGGGAGUUCAUAUCAAUUGAUGUAUGACAUAUGUUUGUACCUACAAUUUCCCCCCACUUAAUCAUAGUAAAAUGAUGUAUGAGAUAUGCUUCUACCUA